GACCGGAUGUUUUCAUCUCCGUCCGGUCUCCUAGCUUGAUUCUGCCAUGUUUGACUGAACCAGUUUUUCGGGAACUGCCAGCCAGACCACCACUGACUGUCAGCACGGACAUGAGAGAGAGUCCGGUGUGUUAGCCUGGUGGUUCCCGCUGUUUCAGAACCGUACUGUCCGACCGAACCGGCCGCUUGCUGCAGCUGCUCGAUAGCUAGCUCCCACAACCCGCUAACUUCCCCCGGAGACCAGACGAGUGGGGCCUCCGGCUGGUGCGACGCGUUUCACGGAGAUACCCAGACACCCCGGUUUGUUUUCCGGAGUAACACCCUGCUGAAAUGGACAACUUGAGUGAAGCUUUGGAGAAGCUGAAGCUGGCGUCUACCGACAGCACCACUGACAGAGCAGAGAGCUGUCUGGACUGCCUGCUCAAGGCACUCGCCAACAACAACACCGAGGCCAGUAUGAAGAUCCAGGAGAUGGAUAUCCUUCCUCUGCUCCCCACCCUGCUCAACCCCCAGUCUUCCUGCACUCCUAAAGUAGCCAACAUCAUAGCUGAAGUAGCCAAAAAUGAGUUCAUGCGGAGCCCCUGUGUGGACGCGGGCCUCAUCCCUCCUCUAGUUCAGCUGUUAAACUCCACCGACCAGGAGGUUUUACUGCAGACUGGACGAGCUCUUGGUAACAUCUGCUAUGACAGCCAUGAGGGCAGGAGUGCCGUUCACCUGGCAGGAGGGGCUCAGAUAGUAGCUGAACACAUUAAAUCCCUCUCCCAAAAUACUGAUGUGGAAAAUGAGAAGCUGUUGACUGUCUUGUGUGGCAUGCUGGUGAAUUAUAGCAAUGAUAAUGAUUCCCUACAAGCCCAGCUGAUUAACAUGGGUGUGAUUCCUACUCUGGUGAAGCUGCUGGGCAUCCAUUCCCGCAACACCGCCCUGACUGAAAUGUGUCUAAUUGCUUUUGGGAACCUGGCGGAGCUUGAGUCCAGCAAGGAGCAGUUUGCUUCCACCAACAUUGCCGAGGAGCUGGUGCAUCUUUUCCAGAAGCAGUCAGAGCACGAGAAGAAGGAAAUGAUUUUUGAGGUUCUGGCACCACUUGCUGAGAACGAUGUGAUCAAGCUGCAGCUGGUGGAGGCAGGCGUGGUGGAGUGUCUGCUGGAGGUGGUGGCUCACACUGUGGACGGAGAGCGGGAGGAGGACGUUGCCCAGCUCAAGACGGCCUCUGACCUCAUGGUUUUACUGCUUCUUGGAGAUGAGUCCAUGCAGAAGUUGUUUGAGGGAGGAAGAGGCAGCGUUUUCCAGAGGGUCCUGUCUUGGAUUCCAUCCCACAACCACCAGCUGCAGCUAGCCGGCGCUCUGGCCAUCGCUAACUUUGCCCGCAAUGAUGGGAACUGCAUCCAUAUGGUGGAUGCUGGAAUCGUGCAGAAGCUUCUGGAACUGUUGGACCGCCAUGUGGAGGAGGGAAACGUGACCGUUCAACAUGCAGCGCUGAGUGCCCUGAGGAAUCUGGCUAUACCCGUGGUCAACAAGUCGAAGAUGCUGUCUGCUGGAGUGGCAGAUGUGGUGUUGAAGUUCUUGCAGUCGGAGAUGCCUCCAGUCCAAUUCAAACUCCUGGGGACGUUACGUAUGCUCAUCGAUACACAAGCCGAGGCUGCAGAGCAGCUGGGGACCAACGGGAAGCUGGUGGAGAGGCUAGUGGAGUGGUGCGAAGCCAAAGAUCACGCCGGAGUGAUGGGCGAGUCCAAUAGGCUCCUGUCGGCUCUGAUUCGACACAGCAAGUCCAAGGAAGUUGUCAGGACUGUUAUCCAGGGAGGAGGAGUCAAGCACCUUGUUACCAUGGCAACCAGUGAGCACAUGAUCAUGCAGAAUGAAGCGUUGGUGGCUCUGGGCCUCAUCGCAGCUCUGGAUUUGGCUGCAGCGGAGAAGGACUUUGUUGGAUCCAGCCUGGUGUCGGUUCUGCACAAGCUGCUGUCCGAUGAAAGAAGUGCUCCUGAGAUUAAAUACAACUCCAUGAUCCUCAUCUGUGCAGUCAUGGGCUCAGAGCCUCUCCACAAAGAGGUGCAGAACCUGGCGUUCAUCGAUGUGGUGUCCAAGCUGAGAGCUCACGAAAACAAGACCGUGUCACAUCAGGCCUCGCUCACGGAGCAGCGGCUAACUGCUCAGAGCUAAAUGACUUUAUUCCAUCACACACACACACACACACACGAUUGCUGACUCACCUAAUUACCCAGCUGAUAUUUCAUAACUGCUCUCCCUCGUGCUCCAUCGUCAUGUGCCAAGGUACCAUGUCACAGUAACUGCCAGCCACGCCUCUGUCCUCGACUUCCUCCCACAUCAAUAGACUUAGACUGAUGUGCAAUACUUUGUGCUCAAUACAGAUCAGAAGAUAUGAAGUCCGCCAUUUUUCUUUUGUUAAACCCACCUGAAAAUUGAGCAGCUGUUAUGCUGUAAAGCCACUGAACCCGUUGGAAACUCUGAGAUGAAGGUGUUCGCCUUUUAAAAGCCAUAACGAGGAGAGUUCUUCAGGUGGGUUAGCAGGCUGACAAAAACUUUAUUUCAAGCUCCAAAGAUGGAAAUCCCUUCUAUCAAACACAGUGGAGUGAUUCGUGAUCGUGGAUGUUCACCAGACGAAGACGGGAGUCCCGUGUCCGUGGAUCCCUGGGAGCCGAGGCGCCGUCAGCAGCCUGACGCAAUAGUUGAUAAUGACCGUAGCUGUGACGUCAUCCACAUGAAAAAGGAUUUUUAUCACAUUAUUUAAACGCAGCCAUCAAUGAUGUACAUACUAACGUCCCAUGUAGCUGGAGUAUAACCUGACUAGAAGCUGUGCAUGUUGUCGUCCUGUUGAAGCUGUGACGGUUUCCAUGUCCCGCCUGCCCCGUGCUCCACCGACGCUCCUGCACACUCCUCUCUGACUAUUGUUUUUAGGACCUGGAUUAGGCAGUUUGAUCCAACAGCUGUGCACGUGUGAGCUGCAGAGGCUCGGGUCUGAAACGGCACCGGUUGGAGGAAGAGCGACCAGCAACAAGUCUGUAACAGGUCCAGAGUAGGACUGGGUGCAGCUUAGUUUGAGUAAAGCUUGGUUUAUGCUUGACGCGUCUGCGAGGUUCGCGCGGCAAAAUUGCGUCAUUUUAACAACCACGCCCCUCCACCGCGCCUCCGCACGGCCCUAACUUUCCGCACCGCGCACCUAGGAAAUUUUCUAACCACGCGGACGGUCGGACGUGGAAAAACAUGGCGGACUGGCAAGAACUAGUACGGCAGAGGUUCGUAAAUACAGACAUUUGUAUGAUUCAGCUCUCAAAGAUCACCGUGAUCAACAUGUUAAUAAUUCUUGGAGAGAAAUAGCUCGCACUGUCGGAAAAGACGAGGACGCUGUUAAAAAACGCUGAAAUGCCAUGUUGUAAACAACAGUCAUUUCUACUUCUACUAUGGUGUAGUGUUGGAUGCAUGCCGUAGAGCUCCAUGCUGCCCCCUACAGUUUGGGAGAAUAUUGGCUCACCGCUGAGACAAGCCACAUGAACCAUAAACGCUGCGGGCUGUGAAGCGCGUUCCAUCCGCACGCCGCAUCACCAAGCGGGAAGUGAACGCGUCAAGCAUAAACCAAGCUUUAUUAGGAACAAACCAGUAGGUGUGCCUUUCUCAGCUGAAAUAAGCAGAGGGACAGCACAAUUGACUGGAUCUGCCGAAUGUGGCCUGUCCUAGCAGUCUCACAGCAACUUUAACAUGAUCGUGUCGGUCCUGUAACCAUCUGACUAGAAUAAGGAAAAUAAACACGAAUGAGUCUGAAAUGGCACUGGGAGGAGGAGAUGAAUCAGAGAUGUCUGUGGCAGAAUAAACAUCAGCAUCCAGCCGGUGCAACAUCUGUCUGACACAAACAUUAAGAUCCAUGUGAGGUUUUAUUUUUAAUCUAUUGUAGAUGAGCUGGGGGGGGGGGCUGUGAUCCCUCUGGCCGAUCUUGUCAGAGGGGUUCUGCCAACGUGCACACCUGAGCAUGUCCGACACCGUGGCGUCACCCGAUGUGUUCCCUGGUAUGGGCCACAACCUUUUAUUUUUAUGGUGUGAAUGGUUAUUUAUCAGAUUUGUGAUCUGCUGUAGUCACAUGCCUGUGGAGAUGUAUCCAUAGUAACGAGUUUAAUACUGUAACUAUAAGCAUUUGUUGUAAAUGUCAUGAGUUGUACGUUUGGAGGACUCGGCUAAUAAAAGAUGAUACCUGAA